UGUAAACAAUGUGUUAUCUAUUCUUGUAAAUAGGAAUACCACAAAUUGGCGUACGAGUUGGGAUUUUCUUUCGGCAAAGUGUUGUAAAUUGAUCCAGUUUUGUUAUACUGUCGAUUUGUGCACCGUACCCGGCCUGUGUGGUGUGAAUUGCUUAUUGUGAAGGAGCGGACAUACUGCUGCCUGAUUGCUACGCGACAAGGAAGCGGCUAAACAGUUUUUUGGAUACGCGACUGGUUAGCGGUGAAUGAUAGUUUCCACAAAGGUGGUUGGAUCAGAUACGCGGCCAGGUGCGGGAAAAAUAAUACGCAGUAUUCGUGCGGGAACUGAUACGCAGCAAGGUAGCGGAAGAUUGUACUACGCAGCAAGUGAGCGGAGAUAAGCUACGCGGCACGUUAGCGGUUUGAAGCGAUUGGUAUUGGAAGCUACCGCGACAAGACAGCGGCAUCUCGGUGAAACGUACUGGUUUUGAAGGACUUCAGUUUCGUUUCAUGUAAAUAUGUAAAAUUUAAAAAUGACGUUUAUGCUAAUGAUAUUGUGUUGCAGGAUGGAUUUGAACUCGAGUUUGAACAGAGCAUUCUCAAAUGUUCCGGCAUUUUCGCUGGGAGAGGUGCCAUUCAACGAACGCAGGACCAAGUGGCGCACAUGGAAACGAGGAUUUGAAAUAUACUUGCAAGCUGUAGAUAUAACGCUGGCUUCGAAGAAAAAGCAGUUAUUACUGGCUUGUGGUGGUUUCGAGCUACAAGAAAUAUUCUUUAACAUUCCUGGAGCGGAUAUUACUGAAGACUGCGAGGCUGAAAUUGAUCCAUACGUUGUGGCUAUGCAGAAGCUCGAUGAGUAUUUCGAUCCACAGCGUCAUGAAGCCCAUGAGCGUUAUUUAUUCUGGGACAUGAAACCGGAAAUGGGAGAAACUCUCGGAAAGUUUCUAAUGCGUGCCCAAGUUUGUGCGAGCAAAUGCAACUUUGGGGGCACUUCACUGGAAAGUUCGAACAUCGCAGUGGUUGAUAAAAUACUCCAGUUUGUUCCCGGAUCUUUGCGUGAGAAAUUGUUACAAAUUGAGAAUUUGACGUUGCAGGAAGCGAUUCGGCAAGUGAACGCGUACGAGAUGACAAAAGCGGCUAGUGAUCAAAUUAGUGGCCAAAAUAUAAACCAGAAACCAAAUUUGAGCUCCGAAUCUGUUAGACAAGUUCAAGCUGGUUGUAAGUUCUGUGGUCGUCCCCAUCGUUCGGGUGAGAUGUGCCCAGCCUGGAACAAGACGUGUUCGGCUUGUGGGAAGCGUGGACAUUUUCGAUCGGUUUGCUUUAGUAGGCUCAGUCUUCGGCCGGCAAAUCCAAAGGUUGUUCCCUCGGUUGUUCCUCAAUCAUUUACCAAGAGAGCUGUUGAUCAAUAUUCCGAUUCUCGUGCCGGUCCAUCGAGAAAGAUAACCAAGUUUUCUCGUCCUCAACAACCGCGUCGACUGCACGCGAUUGAAGAUUCGGAAAAUCACGAAUCGGAGACUGAACUAGUUGAAAUGGUAUCAUCUGCUAGUGAUUCGUGUGAUUUGAUUUGGGCGGAGAUUGGCGGCGUAUUGGUUGAAAUGCAAAUUGAUUCCGGUGUCCAGUCAAAUAUAAUUGAUGAUAAGACAUGGUUCAAUAUGAAUAGACAUGGUGUGGAAAUAAUUGGAGCGACUCAAAGUCCUGACCGCAAGUUCAAAGCAUAUGCACAACGGGAUUGCUUGAAUGUUAGUGUGAUGUUCGAUGCGGAAAUUAUGUUGAAUGAUUGUGGAAAACAGCUUCGGACAAUCUCACGCUUCUAUGUGGUGGAAAAUGGUCCACAGCCAUUGUUGGGCAAAGUUACUGCAAUACAGCUGGGAGUCUUGAUCGUAGGUCUGCCAAGUCAACGGGAGGCUAUUCGUUCUGUCAACGUAAGCCGGACAUUUCCAAGUAUUCGAGGAGUGAAGAUUAGUAUUCCAAUUGAUAAAUCGGUCACUCCAGUCAUGCAAAGAUUACGUAGAUUGCCCUUCGCAACCUUAGAACGAGUUGAACAGAAACUGAACGAACUUUUGGAGAAAGACAUAAUAGAGAGAGUAGAAGAACCAUCCAAGUGGGUAUCGCCAACGGUAGUUGUCGUUAAAGACAACGGAGACAUCCGCCUUUGUAUUGAUAUGAGGCAGGUGAAUAAGGCUAUCAUUCGAGAAACGCAUCCCCUUCCGACAAUUGAGGACAUUCGUUGGGCUUUAAAUGGAGCACAAUAUUUUACAAGGCUGGACAUUAAGGACGCUUUCCAUCAACUGGAGUUGGACGAUGAAAGUAAACCGUUAACAACUUUUAUCACUCACAAAGGUAAAUUAUAUUGUGUAUUAGAUUUGAUUUCGAUGUGAAUGAGAUGUUUCAUAUUUGGUUAAAGGUUUGUUUCGCUACAAAAGGCUACUGUUUGGAAUAUCCUGCGCUCCGGAGAAGUUUCAAAAGGUUAUCGAACAGAUUUUAUCCGAUUGCGAGUUUUCGAUUAAUUUCAUCGACGACAUUAUUGUCUUUGGGAGAAAUGAGCAAGAGCAUGAUGAAGCUCUAAGCAAAGUCCUGGCCAAACUUCGGGAGUAUGGAGUCUUAUUGAAUCAGUCAAAAUGUGCAUUCAAAUUGCAAGAGAUAGACUUUCUUGGGCACCAUUUCGAUGGAAAUGGGAUGACUCCGGCUCAAAGCAAAAUAGAUGCAAUCAAAUAUUUUCGACCACCAACAACUUGCGAGGAGGUUAGAAGUUUUCUUGGGUUAGUCAAUUACGUUGGAUCGUUCAUUCCAAAUCUGGCCACUAUAUCAUGCCCAUUGCGCGAACUCAUCAAGACCGGUGUGGUGUUCAGGUGGACUAACGUAGAGCAAAAAGCAUUUGAUCAGUUGAUUCAAUUAGUUGGAGAUGUUCAUACUCUAUAUCACUUUGAUCCCAAACUUAAAACAAGAGUGGUAGCUGAUGCUUCUCCAGUUGGCUUAGGAGCUGUCCUACUUCAGUUUUUUGAAGGGGAAGUCCGAGUUAUUUCAUAUGCCAGUAAAAGUCUCACCGACACUGAACGCCGAUAUGCUCAAACAGAGAAAGAGGCGUUGGCUCUAGUAUGGGCUGUUGAACGAUUCAAAAUCUAUCUCAUCGGAAUACGUUUUGAAUUAGAAACGGAUCAUAAACCAUUGCAAGCGAUAUUUUCUCCAGAUUCUUCCCCCUGUCUACGAAUCGAGCGUUGGGUGUUACGUCUACAGGCUUUCAGCUACGAUGUUGUAUAUCGGAAAGGGAAAUCAAAUAUCGCUGAUCCGCUCUCGCGGCUGUCAAAGCAACCGAGUUGCGAGCUUUUUGAUCCGGAUUCGGAUGUCUAUAUAAGAAAUGUUAUUGAAUUGACUGCGAUUGAUAUUGAUGAAUUGGAAUCAGCGUCCGUUGACGAUGUAGAGCUUUCUGAGUUGCGAGAGUGUUUGGAUAGAGGGGUAUGGAACUAUGCAUCGAGCCAAAUUAAACCGUACCAUGCUUUUCGAAAUGAACUUGGAAAGGUCGGAGAUUUAGUAGUUCGUGGAUCAAGGUUGAUUAUUCCUCAAAAUCUUCGACAAAGAAUGCUUCAACUGGGACAUGAAGGCCAUCCGGGUCGAACAAAGAUGCAGCAAAGACUGAGGCAGUCAUGCUGGUGGCCUGGAAUGGAUGAUGCGAUAGCUAAAGUAGUAGACUCUUGCGAGGGCUGUCGAGUAGUGAGCAAUCCAGAACGCCCUGAACCCAUGGAAAGGCGUAAACUACCAGAAAGACCAUGGAUUGAUAUAGCAAUUGAUUUUCUUGGCCCACUACCAUCAGGCGAUUACUUGCUUGUAAUAGUAGAUUACUUCAGCCGUUAUAAGGAGGUAGAAAUCAUGAGGAAAAUAACAGCCUCCGAGACUAUAGCCAGACUGGAUAAGAUAUUUAUACGGCUUGGUUAUCCCAGGACUAUAACAUUAGACAAUGGUCGUCAAUUUGUAAGCAUGGAAUUCGAGGAGUAUUGCAAGUGUCGUGGCAUAAUAUUGAAUAAAACUACCCCAUAUUGGCCACAGGAGAAUGGUCUCGUUGAACGCCAAAAUCGUUCACUGAUUAAAAGGUUGAAGAUAAGUCAAACGUUGAAUCAGGAUUGGAAACGUGAUCUGUUGGUAUACCUAUCGAUGUAUUACUCAACUCCACACAGCACAACCGGGAAAACGCCGAGUGAGCUUAUGUAUGGCAGAAAUAUACGGACCAAGCUACCUUCGAUUGCUGAUUUAAGUACAACAGUUGCAUGUACGGACUAUAGGGACCGAGAUCAAGUUAUGAAGGAAAAAGGAAAGGAAUAUGAAGACUCUAGACGCAGAGCUAAACACUCAAAUCUGGAAGUUGGUGACAAGGUUCUUAUGAAGAAUGUUCUUCCCGGAAAUAAGCUCACUCCUACAUUUGGUCCAGAUGUGAUGACAGUGACUGCAAAAACUGGACCAAGAGUUACUGUUCAAAAUGAUACAACAGGGAGAAACUAUGAUAGGAAUUCCAGUCAUUUGAAAUUACUCUCGGCUGAUCGUCACAUCGGGAAUGGUAUGU